AUGUCAGCUGAAAGGCUCUUAUAAGAGGAAGUGCCUUACAAUUAUAGCAAAUUUUAGAAGGAGAAUUUAGGAAGUGGAGAUGAGCAUUAAUUUGAAGGUUAGAAUAAAGAAAAGGUUGAACUGUUAAAAAAGAUUGAAACAUUAGAAUCUCGAUUAAGAAAUACCAUUGAUGAUAAGCCUUACAGUGAGUUGAUAAGAAUAUUAAUUUGGGAAGCAUUGGGAACUGCUUUUUUUGCUUAUGGGAUAGUUUGUUCAAGAGGAAAUGAUGUGAUGUUGAGUGUGUAUUUGUUUGGAGCAAUAUUUUUAAUCGGAAAGAUUACAGGUGGACAUGUGAAUCCUGCAGUUUCGAUGUCAUUUUAUAGUUCGAAUGAGAUAAGUGCAUUUACAAUGAGAGUCUAUUGGGCAGCUCAAGUGGGUGGUGCAAUAGCAGGGGCUUUGGCUGCUUUUGUGAUUGUGGGAAGAGUCACAUCUCCAUACAUUGAGACACAGCCAAUACAAUGGAUGGUGGCAGACUUCUGUGGAGAAGUUUUGGGGACUUUUGUAUUUUGCUUGUUUAUUCAUAUUCAAGUGCAUCCAUAAACGUAAUUAACUGAAAACAACUUGAUAGGGAUUGGGAUUAUAGCAACAGCACUAUACUUCGGAAGGAUAUUGACAUUUCAUACUGGAGGUUGUUUGAACCCAGCAAUGGGAGUUGGAUUAGGCAUUUUUGAGUCGUUAUAAGAUGGCAAUUGGGAUCGUUUGAUUAAUAUUUGGAUAUACAUAUUUGGUCCACUUUCAGGAGCCUCUUUGGCUUCAGAAUUCUACAGAAGCGUAUAUGUGGGAUUAUUGCCUAAGAAAUAAUGA